GGGGCGUGAGCCGAGCUCUAGUAAGGGGGCGCCGCAGGCAGCUGCCACCCCCACUCCGCGGCCUCCGGUCCCCCAUCUCCCCUUAGACUUAAGGGCGUGAGGGAAGCACGCGGGCUCUUUCGCUUGCGAGAUUGUCCUUUUUCUCCCUUUUGCGUUCUGGUUCUGAAUUCGUCUAGGAUCCAGGAUGACAAUCCGACACCAAGGCCAGCAGUACAGGCCGAGGAUGGCAUUUCUCCCGAAGAUUGAAGCGUUAGUGAAAGACAUGCAGGACCCAGAGACAGGGGUCAGAGUGCAGAACCAGAAGAUCCUGGUCACCAGCGUCCCUCACGCCAUGACAGGAAGUGAUGUUCUACAGUGGAUCGUCCAGCGGCUCUGGAUCUCCAACCUGGAGGCCCAGAACUUGGGCAACUUUAUUGUCAAGUAUGGUUACAUCUACCCCCUGCAAGACCCCAAGAAUCUCAUUCUCAAGCCCGAUGGCAGCCUCUACCGAUUUCAGACGCCGUAUUUCUGGCCGACCCAGCAAUGGCCAGCCGAAGAUACAGACUACGCCAUCUAUCUAACCAAGCGGAAUAUCAAGAAGAAAGGGAUUUUAGAAGAACAUGAAAAGGAAAAUUACAAUAUCUUGAACAAAAAAAUUAACUACAAGUGGGACUUCGUCAUCAUGCAGGCCAAAGAGCAGUACAGGACUGGAAAGGAAAGGAACAAAGCAGACAGGUAUGCCCUGGAUUGCCAGGAGAAGGCGUACUGGCUGGUCCACCGAUGCCCUCCAGGAAUGAACAACGUGCUGGACUAUGGCCUGGACCGAGUGACCAAUCCGAAUGAAGUUCAGGUAAACCAGAAACAAACAAUCACUGCUGUCAAAAAAGAGAUCAUGUACUACCAGCAGGCCUUACUGAGGUCCACCGUGAAGUCCUCCGUGUCCCUCGGAGGGAUCGUCAAGUACAGCGAGCAGUUCUCGUCCAACGACGCCCUCAUGUCCGGCUGCCUCCCCAGCAACCCCUGGAUCACAGACGACACCCAGUUCUGGGAUCUAAAUGCCAAGUUGGUGGAAAUCCCAACCAAGAUGCGAGUGGAACGGUGGGCCAUCAACUUCAGUGAACUGAUCCGAGACCCCAAGGGUCGACAAAGCUUCCAGUACUUCCUCAAGAAAGAGUUCAGUGGGGAGAAUCUGGGGUUCUGGGAAGCCUGUGAGGAUCUGAAGUAUGGAGAUCAGUCCAAGGUCAAGGAGAAAGCCGAGGAGAUUUACAAGCUGUUCCUGGCCCCGGGAGCGAGGCGGUGGAUCAACAUAGACGGCAAAACCAUGGACAUCACGGUCAAGGGGCUGAGGCACCCCCACCGCUACGUGCUGGACGCUGCGCAAACCCACAUUUACAUGCUCAUGAAAAAGGAUUCUUAUGCGCGGUACUUGAAAUCUCCAAUCUAUAAGGAAAUGCUGGCCAAAGCUAUUGAACCCCAGGGAACCACCAAGAGAAGCUCCAGCCUCCCAUUUAUGCGGCGUCACCUGCGCUCCAGCCCGAGCCCGGUCAUCCUGAGGCAGCUGGAGGAGGAAGCCAAGGCUCGAGAGGCAGCCAACACGGUGGACAUCACCCAGGUCAUGAGCAAGCUGGACCGUAGGAGCCAACUCAAAAGGGAGCUGCCUCCGAAAUAAGUUUACAGUUCCUGGGGGUGGCGAGGGCCUGCCCUCGGGAGAGGCAAACAGAGGCAGGGUCAGAGCCUAGAAGAGUCAUUCCCCAUCCCAGCUCCCUCCGACCUCCUUCGUGGUGGGCUUCCUGCUACCACAGCAGCUCGUGCUGGUUCCCUCACUCCAGCAGCCCCGGGGCAGGAUCGGCCGUGGUGGGGGCAGGGCACCUGACUCAGCUGCUGUGUGACCACCCAUCUAAUGGGAGGGGGUUCUUGUAGUGAGAACCACAGAGACAACAGGCUGAUUUGCGUUCCGCCACUUGCUUUGGAAAGUUAAAGAGAAGGCCUUCCCGCGCCCUCUCCACUCCCAGGCAUAGUUUGCUCAGGCACAUUGGUUUCAGAUAGCUCAGUGAAGUGUCCCCUCCCGUCCUCACCUGUCCAGUUUAGACUUGGCCUCUGACGCAGCCUCAGAUCCUGCCAAGGGAGGAGUCGCAGGGCUUCCCUGUGGGUGCGCGUCACUGGGCGCCUCCCGAGCAGUCAAGGUGAAAUGGCCUUCAGAGGAGCAUCUUUUUGGAUAAAGAACAAAGGGGUUGAUGUCUUCAUUCACAGGAGGAGGGAUGGUAGAUAUCUGUGCCAUUUUCAAGAGGGGUCAAGGUCAAAGGUAAUACCCUCUCAGAUAUUGCCUAGAUAUUAGUGCUUCCCUCCUCUGUAGCUGUAGGCUAGGCCAGCCCUGUGGUCGGGGUGGAGUGGAGGGCAGUUCAGACUCUAACCUUGGGAGGCCUACAAGGUUAUCUGUGAAAGCAGGCUUGCCCCACACACCUGUGUAAGAAGGGAAAGGAGAUAGAACAGGUCGCUGAGCCACCUUGCACGGCAAGAAGACUCACUCAUUGAGCAUGUUUACUGAGUGCCUACUAUGUGCCAGGCAUUGGAGAAUAAAAUAGACAUAGUCCCUAUCUCAUGGAGCUAUUGCAUGUCUGGGACUGACAAAAAAUAACGAGGCCAACUAUAUCAGGUAGCUGUUGCUGUGUAACAACUACCCAGAAAGCUGGAGUGGCAUGUGAUCCUAAGUGUUCAUUGCUCAUGCGUGUAUGGCCAUCUGUGCGGCUCUGUUGGUCUUGGUGGCAUUCACUCCCCUGCUGGGGGCCGAUGUGUGGAGGCCGAGGCUGGGAUGAGUGGAAUGCUUCUUCUCCGCUUCACAUGUCUCAUCCGCAGCAUGAGCCUAGGCACGAGGCUGUGGGCAUGGCAAGGGACUGAGUGGGAACACGUAAGGUUUUGGGGGGGCAGGCUAGAAACUGGCACACAGUCUCUUCCCCCUCAUUUGUUUAGCCAGAGCAGGAACCAGAGCCUGCUGAGAUGCAAGGGGUGGGAAAAUAGACUCUAUCUCUUUAGUGAGAGAAAUUUCAAAGUCUCGUGGCAGAAGGAAAGCAGACAGGGAGGGACAGAGAAUUGGGGCCGUGAUUGCCAUCAACGAUGCAAACACAUACAUGGCAAAACCCAUAGAAGGUAUUAUUAAGGAAAUGGAUAUGUGUGUGAGCAAGAUGAGGGGGUGUGUAGGUUACGGAGGCUUCUCCCAGGUGGUGACAGAUGAGCAGCUGAUGGAAAGAGCUGGCCAUACAAUGAAUGUGGGCUAGCCAGGGAGACCUUUCCAGGCCGAGGGGGCUGCGUGGACAAAGGCCCAGUGGUGGGAGACGGCUCGCAGUGAACGGGAGCACUGGGGGGUGGAGCCCGGUGGACAAGGGGGAAACGGAACGAGAUGAGGUGAGAGAGGUGGGCAGGGCCAGGUCAUCGAGGACUUUUUAGGCUGUUGUGAGGAGUUUGUGGAUCUUGGUUUCAUGUAAGCAAAUGAUUUUUCUUCCUGGGGCCAACUCUGCUCAUUUGUUUUUGGGGAUGGUGAGGGAAGGGUAGGUGAGAAGGGACCGGAGGGGGUAGCGCGCACUGCAUGCUGAGCCUGAAUGCAACCCUCUCCCCACCCGCCUGCUCCCAGGGAGUCGGAGUUCAGGGGGCCACAAGGGCUCACUCGACUUCUCACUCACUUUCUGGACAGAAAUCGCAUCUCUUCAUGCCAUCUGCUCUGCCUUUCAUUAAAAAUCCUGUGAUUGUGUUCUCAUGUCAACAUUCCUGCUCCAUUUCAUGCUCCUUCCCCCACUUCCGGCGGCUCCCCUGCAUAAUAAAACAGCAGCACAGCACAAACCAAAGCGAAACCGGGCUCUCUUUCACUGUGUCUCUGGUGUGUCCCAUUUCUUUGCCGUGUGCCUUGCAUUCCACCGCUUUGCUGCUUCAUACCAAUGGUGGGUAUGGCAUCAUCUGGAAGGGCUGGGUCUCCAAGUGCAAGUCCCAGGCCUCUCUAAGAGUGGCCAAGGCCAUGGUGGGCCGGGGUGGAAAGAGCACCCUGCUUAGAGUGUCCAGGGCCAAUUGGGUUAAUGGUUAUUUGCCCAGAAGGAAGGACCUCCUCAGGCCAGGUAAGUGAAGCAGGACAGUGGCCACCUUCCUUACCUGUACUGUCAUUCAUCCUGGGGAAGAGAAGCAUGUGGGGUGGGGGUGGGGGGCGAAUGGGAUGGGGAAGAGGACAAAGAAUCGGGGGACUGGGGGUGUGUGGAGUGGCUCAUAGCUGUAUGAUCUUGGUUACACUGCACCAUCGCCGUGAGCCUCAGUUGUUGUUUUUUAAUCUGUGAAGUGGGGAUUAGAAUGAGGGUUUGUCCCAAGUUCUGUGUAAGUAUGGUGGGGUGUUCUCACUUAGUUCAGGGAGGAGCAGUUGGAUGUGUCUCACAACAAAGCCUAUUUCAUCGUUCUGCUGUUUUGGCCCACUCUCCAGGGCCCCAAGUCCUACCCAGACCCCACAGGCAAUGGGAUGGCAAU